GGAAGUGGGCUCUUCGCGGCCCCACACAACAAGUCCCAAAUCCACCCUUCCUUCUUCUCCAUCUGAAACUCCGGCGGCGGCGGCGGCUCGAGGGAGAAGCAGCUCCGAGACGGCGGGAGGGAGGGUCAGCAGAUCCACGGCUGCCGGUGUCGUCCAGCGAUCGUCGUCAGGUUGCAAGCGUCCGUUUCCUAAUCUUGAUCGAUCGGUCGACAUGAUGCCUCGAUCCAUCGUCUUCCCCUUCACGAUGCCGCCGACGCCGGAGCUAGAGUCACAGCAGAUGGAGGAGGAGGAGGAGAAGAAGGAGGUCGUGGUCAGCGGCGGCGACAGCGUCGUCACGGACGUGUCGCUGCGGCUGCUCGUCGCGGCCACGUCGCUCGCCGCCGCGGUCGUCAUCGCCACCAACCACCAGCAGCGCUGGGGCGUCCGCGUGGACUUCACCCUCUUCCAAGUCUGGAUCGCUUUCGUGGCGACGAACCUGGGGUGCGCGGCGUACGCGGCGGCGACGGCGGCGCUGAUGAGGAGGCUGCGGGGGCGGGCGUGGCUGCACCACGCGGACCAGCUGGCGGUGAACCUGGUGGCGGCGGCGAUUGCCGGCGCCGGCGCGGUGGGGUCGAUCGCCAUGUGGGGGAACGAGACCAGCGGGUGGUACGCCGUGUGCCGCCUGUACCGGAGCUACUGCAACGUCGGCCUCGCCGCCCUCCUCCUCUCCUCCGCCGCCCUCCUCCUCCUCAGCUUCGCCUGCGCCCGCUCUCGCUACCCCAGCUCCACCUAAACUAGAGCAAUUUUACGGUUCAACAAAAAUUAAUAAAAAAUACCUCGAGGUACCGGCAUCUCACGGUACUAAA